UCCAAGGUGGUGGAUGCGGAGAAGGACGGGUGGCACGUGGGAGGAUCUGCGGAAGAUGGAGGACGCCUCGGACGAGUACUACAAGGAAAAGUUGAGGAUGACCCCCAGGGUGUUCAUGGAGAUCGUGGAGGCGUUGUCUCCUCUUCUGCAGAGGCGGGUGACAUUCUACAGGGUUCCUUUGCAGCCGGAUCACAUCAUCGCAUAUGCAUUUUACCGAUGGGCGAGCGGUGAGACGUACGAGAGCAGCACGUCGUCAUUCGGAAUAGGGCGCGCAUCCGGGUUGAUCGCAGUGGAGGACGUUACUAGGGCGCUCCUGAGGGUGUACAGUGACAAGAUCGUAUGGCCUACUGGGAUGCGUCGUACGCUCGUUCUGCGUGCCUUCGAGGCGAAGGGCUUUCCCAACUGCUAUGGCUGCAUAGACUGCACGCACGUUUACGUCGACAAACCGGCGAACGCUCCUUCGGAGAACUACUUCGACCGGAAGCAUCGUUUCUUCGUUGUAGCGCAGGUGGUGGUGGACCUGGACUUGCGCAUCACGAACGUUUUCGUCGGUUACCCAGGGAGCUGCCAUGACAUUCGGGUGCUUCAACUCUCCAGUCUGUGGGCGCGUGCGGAGGAGGGGGAUCUUUUCCGUGGAGCUCCUGUUGUGCUGCCGUUCGAAGUGACGACACACUGUUACAUUCUGGGCAACAACGGGUAUCCGCCGCUGGAGUGGAUUGUCGUGCCGUACGGGGGGACCAGAGGUGGCAACUGGGUAACUGUUGCCCGUACCCAACUGUAACCGGCAGGUUAUGGGCAGGUACGGGUACCCUUCCGGAGGGGGGCAUCGGUAUGGGCAGACAUAAAUUUUAUUUGUGGA